AUGGAUAUAGGACUAAAGAAAAAAUCAUUUAAAUUUCAUGUUAAAUCAGCUAGUACAACAAAUAUGUUUGCUACUCCUCAAUCAACAAAUACUCCUGUUACUGGAAGGUCUAUUGCAUAAUUUGUUCAUAUUCCAUUUCUUUCCUUUAAAAGAUGUGAAUUGAAGAAACAUAUCUAAAAUGAAGAAAAAGAAUAUCUCAUAAAAAAAUAAAUCAUUGAAUCUGGUUAUUUGACAUAAAGAGGAAUGUCUAAGUUCUUAAAACCAAAUCGUAAUUACAUUAUUUUUAUUCUUUAAUUUUAGGAUUGAAAUGGUAAAAAAAUGACUUAAAAGUUCAUGAUACAAUCUUAAAAACUAAACUUAAUAUAGCAGAUAUCAUUCUAAAUGCUAAAGGAGGUUAAUCUCGUAGAGAAUUUUUAAUUGAAAAAAUACAGAAUUAAAUAGAAAGUCCUCAAUAAAUAUUUAGUCAAAGAACCAUUAAAAGUGAACAUACUGUUUAAAUAUUUAUGGAUAGAUUAAAAUUUCAAUCAAUACCAUAAAAAUUCAAAGGAGAUUCUUAGUCACCUUCAAAAACAAUACAAUCUCAAAAAUUUAUCUUUAAUUCUUCAACAACCUAUUAAACAGAGUGA